CAAUGAUGCGCCAUGAUGUCAGCCACAGACACUGGCGGCGUCACCUAUUGAUCUCAGGUCUCAAUGCUGAGGACAAGAAAACGAAGAAUCAGCACUGCAAGACUGCUGAAGCUGGCGAGAUAAUAAUAAGACUGCACGCAACGACCGGGUCAUGGAAGCGAGCUUGAGUCUUGACAGGUCGAGGAAAGCUCCCAAAUGAUAGACCGGUGAGAUUGUGGGGUUCUUGUGCUUGAUCCAGACCCCUCGAGAAAAUCCCCCACUCUGUUGCUCUUCAAAGUUUAUCUUCCUCUUUUCUUCAUCCCUUCCUUGUCUUCCUUUUUUCCUCCUCAAUUGCAUCGACCUCAUCCUCAGUCUCAUAUUAUCUUAUUCUGAUUCUCGUUCUCGUUCAAAAUGGUCGGACUUGGUCCCAAACGCCGUCCCUCCCGGAGGGGGUCCACGACGGACGUGCCCCAGGACCUCUUGGAGCAGAUCAAACAGUUUGAAGAGAUCUUUACUGUUGACACUGCCAAGCUUAAGCAGGUCGUCGACCACUUCGUCAAGGAGCUGGAGAAGGGCCUUACCGUCAAGGGCGGCAACAUUCCUAUGAAUGUCACCUGGGUUAUGGGUUUCCCGGACGGCCAGGAACAAGGCACGUUUCUGGCCCUCGACAUGGGCGGUACCAACUUGCGUGUUUGUGAAAUCACCUUGACUAAGGAAAAAGGCGGCUUCGAUAUCAUCCAGUCCAAGUACCGAAUGCCCGAGGAGCUCAAGACGGGCAAUGCGGAAGAACUGUGGGAAUACAUUGUCGACUGUGUUGAGCAGUUCAUCCAGUUCCACCACGAGAACGAAAGCCUGACAAGUUUGCCGCUGGGUUUCACCUUUUCAUACCCCGCCACUCAGGACUACAUCGACCAUGGUGUCCUUCAACGUUGGACCAAGGGCUUCGACAUUGACGGCGUCGAGGGUGAGGAUGUCGUGCCUCCUCUCGAGAAGGUCUUUAAGGAGAGGGGCCUCCCCAUUAAGGUUGCUGCUUUGAUCAAUGAUACAACCGGAACACUCAUUGCAUCCUCGUACACUGACUCCGAAAUGAAGAUUGGCUGCAUUUUCGGCACCGGCGUCAACGCCGCCUAUAUGGAGGAUGCCGGCUCUGUACCAAAGUUGGCCCACAUGAAUCUACCACCAGACAUGCCCGUUGCAAUCAACUGCGAGUACGGCGCAUUUGACAAUGAACACGUUGUCCUCCCCCUCACUAAGUACGACCACAUCAUCGACCGCGACUCACCCCGUCCCGGCCAGCAGGCCUUUGAGAAGAUGACCGCUGGUCUGUACCUGGGAGAGAUCUUCCGGCUGGCUCUGGUAGACAUCCUAGACAGCCAUCCAGGGCUUAUCUUUGCCGACCAGGAUACCUCUCAGCUGCGAAUUCCGUACUUGUUGGACUCGUCCUUCCCGGCCGCAAUCGAGGAAGACCCUUACGAGAAUCUGACGGAAACCGCGGAGCUCGUUCAAAACAAGCUUAAGAUCACAUCGACCCGUUCCGAACUCGAAAUGAUGCGUCGCCUCGCUGAGCUGAUUGGCACUCGUGCUGCUCGCCUGUCCGCCUGCGGUGUCGCCGCCAUCUGCAAGAAAAAGAACAUCGAGACCUGCCACGUCGGAGCUGACGGCUCGGUCUUCACAAAAUACCCACACUUCAAGGCCCGUGGUGCCCAGGCCCUGCGUGAAAUCCUUGACUGGGCCCCCAGCGACAAGGACAAGGUUACCAUCCAUGCUGCCGAGGAUGGAUCCGGUGUCGGUGCUGCUCUGAUCGCCGCCUUGACACUGAAGCGUGUCCGCGCCGGCAACUUGGCUGGUAUUCGCAAUGCAAAGGACAUGCAAGCAUUCUGUUAAUUCCCCACAAUUGCACCUGUGGUUUAGAAAGGCGCUGUUUAGGAUUUGGGCCCGUUGGUAAUGUCUAUGAUACUGGUGUUAUGAAUGAUUGCAAUUGCGAGGGGCCAGGGGUUAGGAUUGGGUAUAUCGGUGCCCUAAGAAGAUAUACAGAGUCGAAAAAACAAAGAUACUGCGAGGCUUCAUGAUUCAGCCUUCGCGUACAGAUAAGUUGGUCAUAGACAUGGACUACUAGACAUGUUAGACAAUCUACAAACAAUUCCUAAAAAAAUUUCUAAUUUGUUUUUAUACAUUUAGAAUCAACGCUGUUUUGAUUGAUAUAUGUAGACAUAGAUCUAAAUGCAGCAAAACCCCUACCCCUGGAU